GUGCGAUGUUAAUUUUAGGCUCGUUCAACAUGGCGGCUCUAGUUGUGUGCAAGGGAGCUAGACCUUUGGUCUUCUGCAGACAGGUACCUGUCUUGUCACAGGCAGUCCGGUGUCUACAUGAACAUAACAAUGAGACUCCUCUUACAAAACAGUCACAAGUAACAAGUGUUGUACCAUACCGACAGAGAAGUACAUCAAUUGUUCCUAAAUCACAGAAAAAAAAUGUUGGGGAGUAUGUUGUGACUGGUCUGGACCAUCUAGCUAACUGGGCUAGAAGAAGCUCAAUUUGGCCAAUGACAUUUGGUUUAGCUUGCUGCGCUGUAGAGAUGAUGCACAUGGCUGCACCCCGUUAUGAUAUGGACAGGUUUGGUAUUGUGUUCCGUGCUAGUCCUCGGCAGUCAGAUUGCAUGAUUGUAGCCGGUACGUUAACAAACAAAAUGGCACCUGCUUUGAGAAAAGUUUACGACCAGAUGCCAGAACCAAGAUGGGUUAUUUCAAUGGGAAGUUGCGCUAAUGGUGGUGGCUAUUAUCAUUAUUCUUACUCAGUUGUGAGAGGUGUUGAUAGAGUGGUACCAGUAGAUAUCUACGUACCAGGUUGUCCUCCCACAGCGGAAGCUUUGUUGUAUGGUUUUCUUCAGCUACAAAAAAAGAUAAAACGCCAAAGGAUGAUCACCAUGUGGUACCGACAGUAAAUUUUUGACAAAUGUUUGUAUAUAGAUUUAUAGCGUCAAUUCAUCAACCUACUGCUUGUCAUUGCACUAUGCUUUUAUAAGUACUGCCUUCAUAGUUUUUGGUGUGUUUACAAUUCAAUACUAUUGACACUAGAAAUAGAACAGGGUCAUACAAUUGCUUAGUAAUGUACUGUUAAAAUCAAGUAAAUCCACAAUAAAAGCAAAAAAUCAGAUAUAAGGUUGUCUUUAACUAUUAUUAUGUGUCAUUUCAGUUUAUUAUAGCUGGGGAGUCAUCACCUGCGCUUGUGUUAGAUGGCCAUAGCGUGUCAUUGUUUACAAACUACCCAUGAGCCUUUGUGUUAUUAGUGUGUGUUAUCUUUGCUUGGGACUCAAUUCCCUCGCGUGUGCAGAUGAUGACCCUCUCGCUUUAAUAAAAACAUUGAAUUUGAGGAUUUAAUUAAUAUUCUACUCAGUUAAAAGUGUGGCACAUUGCUUGUGUGAAUUGAAAAGCAGGCCUAACACUGCUAAUCAGUGACUUACCUUUGAUGUUUUCUAGUGUCUAUGGUUGAAGCUACAUACAUUUUGCCACAGAACAGUUCGGUUCAGAAUUGAGAUUUUUUUUUCUGAAUGUCACGGUAGUGUAAUUGUUUGAUUGGAAUGAAUAAAACCAUGUUUAUCCAGUUA